AUGGCAUCAGUUUCGGCUUUCCCCUUGAUGUCGGCUCAGCAACAGGAGAUCGAGAAGACUUGGUACCACGCCAUGAUCCAGAUUGCAAGCGGUGCUGCUGGAGGCACCGAAAUUGUUCUCCCAUCCGAUCUCAGAGGCCGCCUCGGCGACGAUGGAGUUGCUGCCAUCGCUCAGCGUUGCAGCAAUGCGCAGGUUGAGGUCAAGGACGACGCUGCCACUGAAUCAAUUCACAUCAGUGUGCUGUCUCCUGGCUCACACAACCAGUCAGAUGAGACUGCUAUGUCGUCGCCUGACUCUCACGCAUCUCCUGAGUCUCCCAAGAAGGGCAUCAAAGUCAGCCGCCCUGCCAAUGCCUUCAUUCUCUAUCGCAAGCAUCACCACUCAGACAUCGUGGCCCGCAACCCUGGUCUCCACAACAAUGAGAUCUCAAAGAUCAUUGGCAAGAUGUGGCGUGACGAGUCCGAGCCUAUCAAGAAGCAGUGGAAGGACAAGGCCGAGAACGUCAAGCGCCAGCACCUUCGCGACCACCCCGACUACCAAUACCAGCCUCGUAAGCCCCAUGAGAAGAAGCGCCGCAUGACCAAGCGCAAGGCCAUGGCUCUGGCCGCCCAGCAGAACACCCCUUCCACUUCCGCUCCAGCCUCAGCCUCUGCAUCUGUCGAUGCAAACAUGCCGGCCGCCUUCACCACCUACUCGCCCACUCCAUCCACAGUUAGCCCCUUCUCAUCUGUCACCUCGCCUGCCCAGAUUGUCGACCUCGCCAACUUCAACGACCCUUCUCUCAGCUACUCGGCCAAUGGCGAUCUUGCCUCCUUCACCUUCGACUCCUUCCAGCCCAACCAACUCGACCUCUUCACCAACCUCUUGGACGAGCACAACACCGAGAUGAUGUUUGGUCCCACCACGGUCCGCGCUCCUGCCGCCUGCACUGCUCUCCCCACUGCCAUCAACAGUGCCAUGGCUGACGGCAACGCCGGCGCCUCUCUCUCCAACCCCACCUUCACCAACAACGACCUCGCCAUGGCCCAGUCCGACUUGACCAGCUUCGAGUCUUCGCUCGAGGACAUGCUGGCCCGCGAGCUCGAGACCAUGGAGGAGGAUGGCGGUCUUGCUACUGCUGUCGAAAACGGCUUCCAGUACAACGACCUCGAGUCUCAGCGCUUCACAGAGUUCUUGGAGCAGAUGCCUGAGCACAUGUGGGGCAUGGAGUUUGUCAACUGA